AUGGAAAUAGAAAAUAAAAAUUAUAAAGAAUCUUCUGAAAAGAUCCCUCAAAGAAUAAAUUUUAGAUAUUGUUUUAACUCAACAUAUUCUCUUUGUAAAACUGCAUUUUUAAAGUUAUAUAAUAUAAGUAAUCAUAAAUUUAAUAAUAUUUUAGAUCAUUUAUAUAAUGAAGGAAUAAGUAAACAAAUUCAUGGAAAUACUGGAAGAGCUCCUAUAUUUAAAACCAAAGUUAAUAUUGAUGAAAAUUUAAAAUCCAUUGUGAAUAAUUUUUUAAAUGAAUACUCUUUAAUACAUGGAUUACCUUCACCAAUGAGACAUAGAAAUGAUUCUGAAGGUUAUGGAAUGAACUGA